AAAGAAAACACAGGCGUGAGCAUAAGGAGGCCUAACUGCGCCCGCGGUCGCCUGACCGGGCGCCCUGGGCUGCAUGUACUUCGUGGCAGGAGCAACUGGCAAUGUUGGCUCGCAAGUUGUGCGGAAGCUGUCCGAGUCAGGUGUCGGCGUGAAGGCCCAGACACGCUCGAGCACGGGCGGUAAAGUUGCCGAGCUCCAGAGGUUGCCAGGCGUGGAGAUAGUGGCGUGCGACCUCAUGGACAAGGCGGGCCUGGCGGAAGCCUUGCAGGGCGUGAAGGCCGUCUUCCUUGUCUGUGGCAACGCCAAGGAGCAGGCCCAGAUGGAGAUCAACGUCAUUGAUGCGGCUGUUGCUGCGGGAUGCACGUACCUCGUUGAGAAUGGCACACACGCGGGCUACACAAACAAGGACUCGCCCGUUGAGUUCGGCCGACACCACUGGGAAAUCGAGGAGCACUUGGCAAAGAGCGCUGGCGCCAUGAAGUGGACGGUGCUGCAUGCCAACUGGUUCAUGUCGAACCACCUUGGCGACAUUUUCGGUACUUUGCCAAAUGGUGCCAUCGUGUACCCGCUCAAGCCCGAGGACAAGGCUCAACUUGUUGACCCGCGCGACGUUGGCGAUAUUGCAGCGCAGAUGCUCCUCGACAGCGACCCAUCCAAAUAUCACGGCCUCCACCUCAUGAUCAGUGGGCCCGAUGUAUUGACCUGGUCGCAGAUCGCGGCGCUAUACACGGAGGAGCUCGGUCGUCCGAUCGAGAUGGCGACCUGCUCGGAGCCCGAGUGGGUCGCUGCUGCCAUUAAGGGCAGCGGCUUUGAGCACUGGCUGGCUGAGGCUGCUGCGCACAACUUCAAAGUCAUCCGGGAUGGCGGCUUCUUGCACACGACCUCUCCGCAGUUACUCGCAUUGGCGCCGCCACGGCGCACGAUGAAGGAGUGGAUUGCGGAAUGGGCACCGCGCUCGCCCCCGCCGCCAGCCGCUCAGUAAGAAACUUCACGAGCUCUGUUUGAGCGCCCCAGCUCUAAGUAUUUCUUAUGGUUGUCUUACGGCUCUAUCUACUAUCAAAAUCCUGAUGUAA